AUUGUCAUGAAGGUCGGAGGAGGAAAGAAGCAUGGACGGUACUGGAUUUGCGACGGCGCGAUCGACUCCUCUUCUACUCCGACUCUAUCUCAGAUAAAAGCACGGCAAACGAGCUCGAGCGCAGGCAUCCGACCUCGUCCGGACAGUUCGACGACCCGUCUCCAGGCACUCCAGGCUCAGCUGGAAGAAGAGAGGAGAGAACGUAUGGAGUUGGAGGCAAGGAUGAGGGCGGAGAUGGAGGCCGAGCGGGAGGCUGACCGACAGAGGAUGGCGAGCAUGUUCGCGUACAUUCAGAGUCUUGGCGCCGCGACGGGUCUACCUCCGCCACCUCCCUUCGUCACCCUACCUAGACCACCCACCGAUCCGUUUUCUACUUCAAAUCAGUCGGCGGCCUCCAAUGAUCCGUAUAUUUCUCCAAAUCAGACCAACCGGAACAACUGGCCACCUUCGGCAUAGAUGAUGGAGUUAUUUGCAUUUGAGACUUAGCUAGAUUGAA